AUGCCUUUCUUCUUCUCACGGCAGUUGACUCCAGUUAUCAUUUACAAGUCACGUGAGGGUUUGUGGGGUGAUCAGACCUUGUUUUGUUCAAAUGCCAUAACAUUAUCCUGCACAAAAUUGGAUAUUGGUUCUAGAUCAUUGAAGGUUGGCGGUUUGGGAGACGUUGUGACUGGUCUUGGUAAAGCAUUACAAAAGAGAGGACACCUUGUGGAGAUUGUUCUGCCCAAAUAUGAUUGCAUGCAAUAUGAUCGGGUUCACAACUUGAGGGUGCUAGAUGUGGUGGUGGAGUCAUAUUUUGAUGGAAAAUUAUACAAAAAUAAAAUAUGGGUUGGAACAGUUGAAGGUCUCCCAGUUUACUUUAUUGAGCCUCAGCACCCUGAUAAGUUCUUCUGUAGAGGACAAUUUUAUGGAGAGCAUGAUGAUUUCAGACGUUUUUUGUUUUUCAGCCGUGCAGCACUUGAGUUGCUUCUUCAAUCUGGCAAAAAACCAGACAUAAUUCAUUGUCAUGACUGGCAGACAGCUUUUGUUGCACCACUUUAUUGGGAUUUAUAUGCCCCAAAAGGGUUGAAUUCAGCCAGAAUAUGUUUUACAUGCCACAACUUUGAGUACCAAGGGACUGCACCUGCAUCAGAAUUGGCUUCUUGUGGACUUGAUGUCCAUCAGCUGAAUAGACCAGAUCGAAUGCAAGACAACUCUGCACAUGAUAGGGUCAAUCCUGUCAAGGGUGCAGUGGUAUUCUCAAACAUUGUGACAACAGUAUCUCCUACCUAUGCACAAGAGGUGCGGACUGCUGAGCAAGAAAAGUUCCAAAUUUCACUUGGUGUGGGUGGGAGAGGUCUCCAUUCGACUCUUAGUUUUCACUCCAAGAAGUUUGUUGGAAUUCUGAAUGGAAUUGAUGUUGACGCAUGGAAUCCUGCUGCUGAUACUUUUCUCAAAGUUCAAUAUAAUGCUAAUGAUCUUCAUGGGAAAACUGAAAAUAAAAUAGCUUUAAGAAAAUUUCUUGGGCUCUCUAAUGUAGAUGUCAGGCAGCCAAUGGCUCCACAUUCAUCUUGUGUAAAAUUGUCUGCUUGGAAAUAUCAUGAGCACUCUUUUAUCUCCAAGAGUACUCGAGAUCAUAUGGUAGGCUGCAUAACAAGAUUGGUGCCACAGAAAGGUGUGCACCUUAUUAGGCAUGCAAUAUACCGAACACUGGAGCUGGGAGGACAAUUUGUACUUCUUGGUUCAAGCCCAGUUGCACAUAUUCAGAGGGAAUUCGAGGGUAUUGCAAACCAUUUUGUGAAUCAUGAUCACAUUCGACUGAUACUGAAGUAUGAUGAAUCUCUCUCCCAUUCCAUUUUUGCAGCAUCUGACUUUUUUAUCAUCCCAUCGAUUUUUGAGCCUUGUGGCUUAACACAGAUGAUAGCAAUGAGAUAUGGUUCCAUACCAAUUGCAAGAAAGACUGGUGGUCUAAAUGACUGUGUCUUUGAUGUUGAUGAUGAUACUGUGCCUCUCCAAUUUCGAAAUGGCUUUACAUUCUUGACCCCUGAUGAACAUGGAGUAAACAGUGCUUUAGAUCGUGCAUUUAACUACUAUCGAAACAAUGCCGAGGUCUGGCAGCAGCUUGUUCAGAAGGACAUGAACAUAGAUUUCAGUUGGGAGUCUUCAGCAGAGCAAUAUGAGGAACUUUACCUGAAGUCAGUGGCCAGAGCAAGGGCAGCAGCAAGUCGAGCAUGA